AUGCACAAAUUCAAGAACUUCAUCCCCUUCUUGAUUCUCAUCUUCUCAUCAAUCAAUGUUCUCGUUUUCGCCGGAAAACCAGAAGAUCCAUUUACUCCCAGAGGCUAUAUAAUCCGUUACUGGAGGAAACAGAUCUCCAACGAUAAACCCAAACCCUCAUUCUUAAUCGAAAAAGCUUCGCCGUUAACCGCCGUCCAGUCGGCCGCCUUUUCAAAACUCGCUGAUGACCAGAACUCUCUCGCCACCAACCUCCCGUCGUUCUGCUCCGCUGCGAACCUCCUUUGUUUUCCCGAUGUGGGCCCCAGUCUCGAGAAACAUUCCGGCGAUGUUAACUUCAUCGAGUACUCGGAGAAAAACUUCACCAACUACGGGUCGGGUCGACUCGGUGGAUUAGACUCGUUCAAAAAUUACUCCAAUGAUGGCAACUCGGCUCUUGACUCAUUCCGACGAUAUUCCCGUGACUCAGUGGGUCACGACGAUAAAUUUUCCACUUAUGCCAAGAAUACAAACGUCCCUGACCAAAGUUUCAAUACCUACGGCACAAAAGCCACCGGCGGAACCGGAGAUUUCACCGGCUACGCCGAAGAUGUCAAUGUACCCAACAUGAGAUUUUCGUCAUAUUCCGACGACGUCAAUGGCCGUGACCAGAAGUUCACAUCGUACUCCCAAGACGCAAACGCCGGCGAUCAGUCGUUCACUAGCUACGGAAAAAAAGGAAACGGCGCCGUCAAUGACUUCAAAGGGUACGGAAAUAACUCCAACGUCAUCGGCUCAUCGUUUUCCGGCUACGGCGAGAACGGAAACGGCGCAAACGAUUCGUUCACUUCCUAUGGCGAAAACGGCAACGUUCCACAGAACAAUUUCAAGAGUUACGCCGACGGCGGGAAUGCCGCCGUCGAUACAUUCGCGAAUUACAGAGAUCAAUCCAACGUCGGCGAUGAUAAUUUCAAAUCGUACGCCAAAAGUUCCAACGCCGCCAACAUGAAGUUUUCUAAUUACGGCAAAUCGUUCAACGAAGGCACCGAUACAUUUUCCGGCUACGGCGGAGGCACCGUCACGAAUCAGAAAUUUGGGUUCAAAGGGUACGGUGUAAACAAUACUUUCAAAGAUUACGCCGAUAAGAAGAGGGCUUCUUUUUCUACCUACGCCACCAAGCCCACGGCGGCGCAACUGGCGGCGAUGAAGACGAAAUCGCCGGCGAGUGGCAAACCGGUAAAUAAGUGGAUUGAGCCGGGAAAAUUUUUCCGGGAGAGUUUGUUGAAAUCCGGCACGAUAAUUCCGAUGCCGGACAUCCGUGAUAAAAUGCCUAAAAGGUCAUUUUUGCCCCGGGUCAUUGUGUCGAAAUUACCAUUUUCGUCCUCCAAAAUCGACGAUUUAAAGAAGAUUUUCCACGCUGAGGAUAACUCGAGCAUGGCGAGUUUAAUCUCCAACUCACUGAGCGAGUGCGAACGGAAACCGAGUCAAGGUGAGUCAAAACGGUGUGUCGGAUCGGUUGAAGACAUGAUCGAUUUCGCUACAUCGGUUCUUGGACGAGACGUCGUCGUUCGGACAACCGACAACAUAAACGGGUCGGGUAAGAAAGUCAAGAUCGGGUCGGUAACGAAAAUUAACGGCGGUAAAGUUACAAAAUCUGUAUCUUGUCAUCAGAGUCUGUUUCCUUAUAUGCUUUACUAUUGUCAUUCGGUUCCCAAGGUUCGGGUCUACGAAGCGGACCUACUUGACCCGAGUACUACCAAUUCCAAGAAGAUUAACCAUGGGGUUGCCAUCUGUCACCUCGACACGUCAGCUUGGAGUCCGACCCAUGGAGCCUUUCUUUCACUCGGGUCGAAGCCUGGGAAGAUUGAGGUUUGCCAUUGGAUCUUUGAGAAUGAUAUGACUUGGGCUGUUGCUGAUUAAAGAAGUACAAAGCCAUUCUGGUUUGAACCGGGUCGGGUGCAAAAGUGAACCGAUUGUUCGAACUGUAGAAAAUUUCGAUAUUCUAUUCGCUUACAUCAUUUUCAUUUUUUUUUGUUUUUUUAAUAUUGUAACGACUACUUUGUUUUCUAAGAAAUAUGAGAAGCAUAAAAUGAAAAAAUGAUUAAAUA